AAUGCUUUUUGCAAGAAUGUAAUAACCUGUGCAUGCCGGGCUCCCUGCUGCUGUUGUUCUUUAUAGAAAGGUUAGUUUAGUCGGGAGGUGAGGUUGGCAGGCUGACAACUUAAUGUUCAACAGACUUUCCUCAGAGUGAAUUUGGGACAUUUUAUGUAAGUACUGAAAAUAACAACGUGUUCCUCGAUUGUUGCAAAUGGGACUUUAAAUGUGUUUGACAGCCAAUGAUGUACUUCAGAGAGAUGGAGCCUCACCUCCAUGAACCUGGGUCAAUUUAUUCUCCUGUGUUUGAUAUUAUAUGCGACCAAGUAAUCUCAUUAGUGAAGGCUACACAGUGUUGUAGGGUUAAAUAAGUGAGUAUAAAGUUAUUAUAAAGGGCCUUGGUGUCUUUUCUUUUACGGUGUUAAACUGCACGAUGAUGUUUCCCCAUCAUACAGACGGAACGGAAUCAGGACACCCGAGAGCAGCUGACUUCACCUCAGUGGAAGGCGAGGGGGAACCCGGGUCCAGGUCCAGACGCUCAGAGAUCAUCAUGGCUUCCAAUUCAACGAACAUCUCCUCCGACAAGCGCUUCCUCAUCUUCUUUGACUUUGAUGAGACCAUCGUGGAUGAAACCAGCGACGACGUGGUGGUGCAGGCCUCCCCGGGUCAGCACAUGCCGGGCUGGCUGAAGGACACCUACCAACCCGGCCGCUACAACGAGUACAUGCAGCGCGUGCUUGCCUACCUGGCGGAGCAGGGCGUCACCGAGAGCGACAUCCGCAGCGUCAUGGAGAAGAUCCCGGCCACCCCCGGCAUGCUCACCCUCCUGCAGUUCCUCCGCACCCGGCCCCCGCAGGACUUUGAGGUGGUGCUGUUGUCCGACGCCAACACCUUCUUCAUUGAGUCCUGGCUCCGGCGCGCGGGGGCCCGCCAACUCUUCCACCGGGUCUUCAGCAACCCGGCCACCUUCAACAAGGACGGCCGACUGGUGAUGCGUCCCUUCCACUCCCACGACUGCGUGCGGUGCCCCAACAACAUGUGCAAGCAGGUGAUCGUCAGGGACUAUGUGGCCCGCAGGAUGCAGGAGCGGGGCCGCCCGUACCAGAGGGUCUUCUACGUGGGGGACGGAGCCAACGACUUCUGCCCGGCGCUCUCCCUCGGGCCCCGGGACGUGGCUUUCCCGCGGCGGGAUUUCCCAAUGCACCGCCUGAUCACUGAGACCCAUGAAGCCAUGCCCGGGGAGUUCAAGGCGGUGACGGUGCCGUGGAGCAGCGGGGAGGAUGUAGUGCAGCGGCUGAGGAAGCUGGUGGCAGAGAGGGGGGAUCAUUAAGGGGCCAUUUGACACUUUCAGUCAUGUUCUCAGGUACAAUAAAUCCUAGAUAAUAAUGGUCAAGGUAAUCAAAUAAUCUGUGUGCUACUGUCAGUCAAAAUAAAUGUUGUCUCUCUGGCGUCCAGCCUGACCCGGAGGUCACUUUCUGAACAGAGUCCCACUUUAUCAACAGCAAGUUAAUGAUUAUGGAGGCCUGCCAUUGUACCCAAAGAGAGGAGAUCAAUGACCAAUCAAAUGCUUUGUUAAAUAAAAUAAAAAUGAUUUCAACGAUGAGGUAUAACUUUAAAGCUUCGGGGUAUUCGGUGCUUUCAAGUGUUAAACUGGUCAGUAGGGAGUACCCUUGUAGUAGCAAUAUUUAGAAAUGUUAUGGAUGGUUAUGUCAACCAACAAUUGUGUUUUCUUAUCUGCACUUUUUAAAAUAUUAAAUUAUAGUCUCAAUAAAUGGAUUCUGAGUAAUGGGCAUUUCAACUGAUCUACAUGAUGACCAAACGAUAUAUUUAUCAACAUGAUUCUCAGAGAAUAGGCCUGUAUGUCUAAUUUAAAUAUAUGACAAUGUUGUUGUGUUUGUUUGUUUAACUUGUUAAAUCUGUUUUGUCUUAUGUGUAAAGAACAUAUUAACACCAGCAGGAAUAAAGCCAUCAACUGAAA